CAGAGACCAGGCGUGCAUGUCCCCCAUGCUGACCCCGCAGAAGUCUAUCGAAUCCAACGAUACGAUCCGGAACUGUAUGGAGAUCUACAAGGGCAACAAGCUGAGCAAGGAAAAUGCCUGGAAAGUGCCGCUCAUCGAUACGCUGUCCAAUCUGAUGGAAAACCACCACAAGCGGAUGAGCAACUUCAAGAUGGCGGGCUCCUCGCUGGAGGCCUCCUCCAAGGUUUAUGGCCUGCGGGUGGACUCCAUCUACCUGGACGCCAUGCGCAUUUCCGCUGGCCUAAGUGCCCGCACUCUCACGGAUAAGCAACUGAACGCCGCGGAGGAUGAUGAUGGUCCCCAGGCUGAGCAGGCGGCUGGUGAGGGGCAGGAUCCCGCUCAGCAGACCCAAAAGGAAGCAGCUCCCAAGCCCAAAAGGCAGAAGAAGCCCAUGUCCACGGUGACCAAGAACAAGGACACGCUGAAUGCCCGCCUGGACACAGCUCCCCUGCAGGAUCCCGUCUUCGGGAAACUCAACUCCACAGUGGGCUCCAUCAACGCCUCAAAUCGCCUCAUGCACAAUAUUCUGCCCAGUUUGGACUCUGAGCUGCGCCUGCGCACCACCUACAAGUUCUGGGACAGCGAGGAGGCCACUGAGGAGGUUCAGGAUCACACUACGCUCACCGCUGACAUGGAACAGUGGCCAGCUGAAUCGUUGAUUAGCACCGCCUUCAUGCGCAAGCUGCUUCCCCACGCUGAACGAUCAAAUCUACGUCCCCUGCACACGGGCUACAUCAUCACUAGUGAUCCAAAUCCCGCAGAGCCCCUGCAGGAUGAGGAUCCGCAUGAUGAGGGGCUGGAUGAUGCCGACGAAAUCUGUUUAAAUGAUAUUUCAAUGGCCUUUGAUAUCAACGCCGAGUGUGAGCCCAUGCCGGAUUUGGAUGGACCUCCUCCUGUGCUUCUGGAGUUGGAUGCCAAUGAGGUGGAAGAGUUCACUCCCGAAGAGCAAGGGAUGCUCAUAAAUUGUCGUCGGCCAACGGAGUUUAUCGAGGACCUCCGACCAGUAGAUGGAAACUCCAAGCUGGAGUACUCCUACAGGCCGAUGGAGCAGAUCUCCCAGUUUUGGGCAGGACCUUCACACUGGAAGUUUAAGCGAACGGGGCCACAAAUCACAUUUUCGCAGCCCGGUUGCAGUCAACGGCCCAAGAACCGACGACCUCUAAAACCCAACCCUGUAGCCAAGACCAUUUCUUAUGGAAAUGUGACCGAAGCUCUCUUUCAAGAGAAGGAUUCAACUACAAGGCGGCGGCAGGUGAAUUUUCAAAGGAAGUGGGACCCCAGGAAACUGAUAUUGCCGACAAAAUACAAUCUAGACCCGGACAUUUUCUUCAAAUACGUUUCGGCCCCAGGCAUUAAGAUUUCAAAGUGCGCGGGAGAGCCUGAUUCGGAUGAGAACGGAAAUCUUGCGAUAGAGAUGGAUGGUGAAAUAGAUUAUGAUGCCUAUGCCGAUCCCGCCAACGUGAGCAUUUUUGAGGCGAUGGAUAGUGAAGGAUUGGCUGAUGUGAUGGAUGUGGAAGUUGACAAUAUAAGUCUGAAUGUCAGCACAAUUUCCGAGAUUGGCACAGAGUUCGAUGGUGCUCCUUUGCAGUUUCCCAAAGUGGUUAUUCCCUUCGCAAAGAAAGCCAAGGUCAUAGACAUGAAAAAUUUGAAAAAAUCCUGCGACACUCUGAUUCAGAAACAACUUUUAAACGAUGUCUCUGAGGAGGCAAUUCCCUCGCAUCCUAAUAAACAGAAUGAACAAUAUUCCAAGGGGGUCGCCAGUUUCCAGGAGCUUUACAAAGAGUUGCCCAACCAUCUGACCCCCAAAAUGGCGGAAUCGGUGUCCCCGUCGGUUGCUUUACUUGCCGUUCUGCAGCUGGCCAACGAUUCCAAGCUGCGUCUUAUUCAAGAAGAAGGUUUAGAGGGCUUUCAAAUCCGUCAAAUCAAGGAUUGA